CAUUCGCAUUUGUACUACAGAAGGUGGAGGUUGUAUUUGUCUAAGUAUUUCUUGUGCCUAUUGUGAGUGUGAAGUGUGUGUCAAUUGUUAAGUGUAAAAGUUGGAUGUUCUAUUGUAAAGACUAGGUAUUAAACUCCUAGAAAAAAAAAACCAAAAAUCUGAAAAAAAAAAAAAAAAAAAAAGAAACUUGUGCUAGUGCUUGAUCCAGACGUUCUUACUAAGAUAUUCCUGUGACAGCUAUCUCAAGAAUUACCAGAAGAGAUCCCAAUGACAAAGAGAAGUUCAUUCCAACUCUCUCUGUGAAAAUAAGUUUUGAAGGCAACGAACUACCAGAAACCAUAGACAUUUUUUGCGUAAAAAUCAAAAUGGUUCACUACAUUCCUAGAGUUAGGCAUUGUUACAACUGCGGCAGACUAGGGCACACAAAAAUGGCCUGCAGAGCAGCCAACAGAUGCAUUAUCUGUGGCAAGGCAGAGGGCUGUAGUAGUAAAUGCAAUGAAACCACAAAUUCGUGCAUACUAUGCGGAGGGGAUAAUCACAAUUCACUCGAGAGCAGGAAAUGUUCUAAAUGGGCCAGAGAAAAACAGGUGGUCGAAAUUAUGACAAUAAAAAAAGUAUCUAAGUCUGAGGCGAUUGGGAUGUACAAUUUAAACAAUAAUAACCGUUUCUCAGCUCUAGAAAACUAUGAGGGAAAUUUUCCACAGUUAGAAGCAAAAAGUACAGCAAGGAUCAACAAUGAUGAAACAGUAAAUAGAAAACUCACUACAUAUAAAUACAAUUAUGUAGUUAGAAAUCAUCAAACCCACACAACAGCUACACCUAACCAUUCCAAAAUCUUGCCGAAAGCUACAACCAAAACACAACCCGUCUAUGAAAUGCCGAAUUGGUCUAAGGUCACAGAGAUUGAAAAGCUUGUAAAUCUCCUUAUAAAAAGGCGCAGUACACAUUGAAGACAAAACUCCAAGUAACAAAGAUGACAAGUCCAAUAAAAAUAUUACAAUAUAACGUACAAAGCCUUAAAAGUAAUAAAAACUAUGUAGACUUCUUUAACACUAGUAAUAACAUUGAUAUAGUCUGCCUUCAGGAAAUUUUUUCGCAUGACAACCAUACAACUCAACACAAUUUAAUGAACUUCAACUUACUCAGAAAGACUAGAAUCGAUGGAUAUGGUGGCGUAGGAAUCGGAUUUAAAAAAGGUAUAAAAUUUACGAAAAUCAAAUUUGUUUCAAAUUACGACAUUCUAAUAGCCAAGACGAUUAAUCUUAUUAAUAAUUUAACUAUUUGCAAUAUUUAUUUUCCUCCCAACCUUGACACUUUAAAUUUUACUAACGAACUGAACCGUGUAGUACUUUUUCUUAACAAUCAUGAAAACGUUAUUAUAGCAGGAGACCUCAACGCUAGGCAUCAAGUGUGGGGAGACAGAAUAUGCAACACCAAAGGAAAAAUAGUUGUUGACGAAAUCAGGAACACCAAUCUCCAGUGCAUCAACAGUGGAGCAAUCACUCACCGCACCGGUAACAGUGCAGGAACGGCAAUUGACAUAACUCUGACCAACAUUAACAGCAGUUACACAAAAUGGCACUGUCAACAAGUCCAUUUGGGAGGCAGUAAGCAUUUCCCCAUCAUCGUUGAAGUCACUAAUAGCAGCAAAAAGCCCAACUAUUUCAUCCCCAAGGAACGACUCGCCCAGGAACUUGCUCAGUUAAAAUUCUCUGACUUAGAAAAUAUCACGACAGAAAUAGACAGCGUUAGGAACAGGAUUAAAAUUGACUUGAACACAUCCAGGCGUACCCCUAAAAACUGGUGGAGUGAUGACCUCAAAAAACUGUACAGAUUACAUGUCGCUAAACGCAAAAAAGCUAAUCAUACUAACAAUGUUGAAGACAUGGAAGCCUCAAUUAUAGCAACUAGUGACUGGAAAGAAGCGGUGAAGGCGGCAAAGAAAGCGAGCUACAACAGUAAAAUUGAGGAGAUAAACACUUGCCCCAACUCGACACAGGCGUGGAAAUUCAUAAGAAAUGUCAAAGGCAAUAAGCGCGCGUCUCACAAUUGGGCAGCUGAAGAUGACCGAAACUACUUAGAACUGAUAAGGAAUCAAGCUCAAGAAGCCAGCAACCCUUGUAAUGUCAUCACUCCAACCACCGCUGCAUCAGUAAAUGCCAACAACAGCGUUGACUUUUCAUACAGCACAUUCGAAAAUUUAUUAGCAAGAAAAAAAUCUACUGCUGGGGGUUUCGACAGAAUUACGUUUAAUACAUUAAAGCAAUUGUCCACUGAGUCCAAACAGUAGUUAUUAGACGCCCUAAAAGAACAUUUCUACAGCAACAGGGUCCUAGACGCAUGGAGACAAAUAAAGUAAAGAGCAUUAAUAUGAUGGUGAAAGAAUCGCUGAACGAGUUCCUGGAGACAAGCAAUAGACUUCCCAAGAAGAGCUACGCCUAUCGAAAAAUGAGAUCAGCAACAAUGUGCAUUAACGAAAUGCUACACCUUAUAGCAGAAAGAAAGAAAUGUAGGGAAUAUGCUAUGAUUUGUUUCUUAGAUAUGUCGGACGCCUAUAAUAGAGUAGAUCUUGUUACACUUCAUAAUAUUCUUCUACAAUUCAACAUUGACCCAACAAUUGCAAACUGGAUUAACAACUACUUUUCUAAAAGACAUCUGACCCUAGGUAAUCACACUGUUGAGGUAAACUCAGGCCUACCUCAAGGUAGCUGCCUUUCCCCAACGCUAUUCAAUAUUUAUACAGCCCAACUGCACGAAAUUAAUAACUCUCAGACUCUACUAUUUCAGUUUGCCGACGAUCUUGCGUUAAUAUCCACUGGCACAAACAGAUUCUCUGCAGCUCAAAAUUUACAAAACAAAAUAGAAGAAUUACAGGCAAAAUGCGACAGCUUAAAUCUCAAAUUUAAUCUGAACAAAACAAAAUUCAUGUAUAUGUCUGCAAACAAUAAACAAACCUUUAGUGUAUCCAUCAACGGCCUAAACAUUGAACAAGUCCAUCACUUCAAAUGGCUGGGAAGAACAAUUAGCGCGAACUCAGCCAUUAAGGUACACAUUAGUGAAAUUAAAAAAGCAACAACUUCAGCGUUUGUACGAUCCAAAGCAGAAAAUGCCAACACCAGUUACGCCAAUGCCCCUAAAGGGUAUAACAAGCAGCUACAAACCAAUGUAAAUGAAACGUUGAGGAGAUGCCUCGGAGUUCCUCCAAACACUCCAACACUCAUGAGAUACGCGCUGGCUUGUGAACUUCCACCUCUUCCCAGAGCUGUAUGGCUUACGGCCAAGGAACUUGUCAAACAGUGGUUGAUCAAUCCUGAACUUAGAAUACAGAUCCAGAACAGACCUCCCAUAAAUUCCAGCUACAGCAUAACGUACGAAAAAUUUAAAGCAAUUAUCAACACCAUAGAUACAAAUGUAGCUUUCAAAAGACACCAUAACCUCACCUGCUACGAAUCUGAAUUGGCCCAGUCCAAAAAGAACGUUACCCCUACACAACUCAGAGCUAUCUACAACCAAAAAAUUAACACGCUAAAAGAGGAAGGUUUCAAAGUGUAUGCCACUGAUGCAUCGGUGUCAGAUAACAAAAUUGGCUGUGCAGUCUAUGUGGUAACGGCUAACGUCUCAUACCUGUUCAAUAUAGAUGGAAACUUCACAUCAACUUACGGUGAGCUAGUAGCACUUUCUCAAGCAAUCACGAUAGCCAUUAAUAAUGAUAGUAAAAAAGUAGCAAUCUUUACAGACAGUCAGAGUGCAAUUAAGGCCCUAAAAAGCCGCACCACACACAAUUUCCUAGUAGCUGAAAUCCAUAACAAACUUUAUCACUCCCAAAUAGAAAACAUUGCAAUAGUCUGGACACCUAGCCAUGUGGGUAUAACCAUAAAUGAAAAAGCGGAUAUAGCAGCAAAAACAGCAGUUGACCAUGGUAAAUCUUUACCCCCAAAACUCACACCUUGUGAAGCACUGAGAAGGAUUAGCAAAAUGUUGUGGACUGAAGCCAAACAAGAAUUUACCAACAAACUUCCAAACUGGGACUCGGACAUAGUAGAAUUUUGCACGCCCAAAGAAAAACAGCCAUGGUUUAAAAACAAAAAUGUAGACUUAGAAGCAUACGACAUAAAACUUUUUAACAGAAUAGCUACUGGACACACGUACGGUAGCACUUAUUUAACCAAAUUUCAGCAUUACAGAUCAGACAAUUGCAGCGCAUGCAACAUAAAAGAAACUCCUGAACACCUCAUAUUUGAUUGUAUCAAAUAUAACAACUUACGUAAUGAUAAUUCUCUUUUCCGAAACUACCAAAAUUUCAAACAGAUUCUUCUUUCAAAACUGCCUGCCACAUACAAACAACUGGCCGACUUUCUACAUAGAAGUGGGCUGGAUAAAGCACUAUAAACAAAAAAAAAACAAAAAAAGUCUUGGUGUAUUGUCUUAUGUAGUCUUGUGUUGUUCUUAAAUGUCAUAAAAUAAGAAUGAGGAAAGCAGCUGUUACGCUAACAUCAGCCAGAAAGAAGCAACAUCAAGGAGUCGUAUAAUAAAACACUCUUCAACGCGGAAUUUCAACAAAACACGUCGAUACAAGAUAAAUGGAAGCAACAUUGUCCAGCAGUUUAGCCGAAAGAUUACAACUAACCAAACAAUCGUUUGCAGAUAGACUGGUGUUAUGCUAAAGGAAGCUGUAAUCCACAGCGUUUGGGACAAAUAGCAUUUCGACUUAGAAAAGAAACACUAACGUAUUCAAAUGGUAUAAGACAACGAUAACCACUGAAUACAUCACGUUUUAAUAACCGGCUAUUUAAGGUGUAUAAACCUAGCCAUAAGUGGAACGUUCGAUUUGUUCCUAAAGCCCCAAAAAAAAAAAAAAAAAAA